GGCGAGCAUCAGAGACAAGUAUUCACACUAAGCAAGGUAAGAGUCAUGGAACUGAAUGGCAUCUUAUGAACAAUUAUUUUUUGUCAGUCAUUUCUGAUUUGUCUGUUUGUAUUUAACUAUUUAUCUGGCUGGGUUCUGCCUUUUUAGUUCAAAUAAAAUAGCAAAAAAAUUUUUGUGUGCCCAUUUUAUAAUUGUAUGGGUUACAAGAUUUAUUGUAUCGUGUUAUAUAUUUUUUUAGGAGUUUAUUGAUGAGGUCUUGGGGUUUGGGUUAUAUGUAUCUGGUUAUGUAGCAUUAGAAGGAUCCCAUUCUGAUUAUAUGACCAUACUCAGGAAAUCUACAUAACUGGAACUGAUGUCCACACCGAAACAGUCCAUCUCAAAAUUUUAAUCUGAGAACUAGAGACGUUUUAGUCCAAAAGGUGAAUGGACGUGUUCUCUGGAAUUUUUCAUAUACUCUAUUAAUAUUUCCUGUUAUUCCAUUUGCAAUUUGUAACCCUGCUGCUUAUUCACUCUAGAGCAGCGAGAAUCUGUCUAUUCAUCCCAGGACCCUGAGACUCUCUACCUAUUCAAGCUGAGACGGUAAGAAUCUACCCAUUCAUUCGGAGACAUUAAAAAUCUGUCCUUUAUCUAUUUCCACUCAUUUUACUGCUUUAUCUCUCUCUCUUCACUCCACACAAGAAUUCCUUCUUCCCUCCUUCAUCCUUAUGUUAUCAAUGCUUUCUUUCCUUCCAUACAUUGUUUAUGUCCCAAAAUGUAUUUACUUGUUUCUCCCUUCAUAUUUAUAAUUGCGUGCUGCUCCUCAAUAGUCUUCCCACAACUCCUCCUUUUAAGCUUGUUCACUAUCUUAACAUUGAUUCUUCCCUUCAUCGUUUUACUGCCCUCUGCUGUCCCUUUCUGACAAGACAGUCUUAAAAUGAACACUCCAAGAACAAAAAUGCUGUUGAGGUUAUAGUGCCAGCAUUCUCCAGAGUGGUUAUGGUGAUUCUCCUGUUUGCUUUCAUUCACAUGUACUGCUUCUCUGAUUAGAACAUCAUCUCCAUGAUGGACUAUAUUACAUUUAAUAUUUUUAUACAGCUCAUUUUGAUAGUUUCUACUUACAGGUACCUUGAUACAGGUGGACAGUAUUUAAGAUUGAGCCCUUUUUGUCCUUGACACCAUAUAGGUCUGUUGAGCUUCAGAGACUCACGCCCCAAUCCUUCAGCUACUCCAGACAGUAGAAAAGCAGUUUGAGUCUGCCAAUAAGAGAAAAUGGCCACUAAAAUGGUAGGUAUGCAUUGGAAAUAAACAAGUCUCGAAGAUCUCCUUCCUAAGUAUAUUUAAUGAUUUACUCGAGUAACGGCUCAUUUAUAGACUUGUCUCAAAAAUAUUUGCUUUUUGGAACAUCACUUACCACUGACCAAAACAUUGGUGCUGAAAAUGAGAUGCACACAUCACACUUGAGGUCAAAUUGUUCAGAAAAAAGGGAAAAAUACCAAUCAAUUCCCGGAAUAGGACUGACUAAUUACUAUGGGAGCUGAUGAAUGCGUAAGAGGAUACUGUGAAUUGAAAGUUCAUCAAGUGUUACAUUCAUGUGAAGAUUUGAAGGACAGCAUAUACGAUGAUCUUUGUUAUAAUUGAACGAUAUUUAAUAUUUUUAUAAUUAACAAUAAUCCAAUUGUAAUUGUUUUCUUGGAAAUUGUGCUUACUGCCACUUUCCAGGAUAUUUAGUAAUAUGUUUACUUAUCUAAAUAUGAAUUUAUACUGCAACUCGGUACCUCCAUCUUAGCUCCCUGUCCAUCAUUGUUAUAAGCUCCAUCUUUUGCACCUGGCAGUCAGCACAGAGAAAGCAUACAGAGAGGAGGAAUGAAAUAAUAUUUCUAUUUCUCUUCUUCGUCAAAAAAAUGUAAUUUGCACAUUAAGGUGAAGCAUACAGAACAUAAUAGAGGAAGGUACCAGGCAGCCUGGAAACUAACAUUAUUUUGAUUCAAACAGAUGUCAAACUACUUGAAUGAAACAUACGAGGAGAAGAUCCGGCCUUGUAUUGACCUCAUUGACUCGCUGAGAGCUCUUGGGGUGGAGAAGGACCUGGCUUUGCCAGCAAUCGCUGUGAUUGGGGACCAGAGCUCAGGAAAAAGCUCAGUUUUGGAAGCCCUUUCUGGAGUCAGUUUGCCAAGAGGCAGCGGUGAGUAUCCUAAAUCAUGUAUAAAUAACUUAUUAAAUUUAUGUCAAUAUAUACUUGUACAAAUAUAUUCAUGUAUUCAUAUAUAGAACUGCUGUGACUUCAUUGGAAAAAUAUAAAAAAUAUACCAUUGCUGCCCAGGUGCUUGAAACGCUUUAUUCCAUAGUAAUAAGAAAUGGGGUACAUAGUCUCACCUGUGAGCAUAAACAUGAGGGGGCAGCAUAAUGUCCUCCCUACCCCCACCCAUGGUCAGUGGACGGUGCUGCUACUUAUUGAAUGUUUGGGUGUCCUCUCUCAGGAUCGCAGCUAAUUGAAUAAUGGUAGGUGGACAGAUCACUAGGGAGCAAUCUUUUUUUUUUUUUUUUAAAGGACAUAUUAAUGCCUAUGGGUGGGGCCUAGGGGGACAAUUAGAUUUAAUAUUACGUAACACUUACCUGCUGACCUUACUGGGAGCAGGGGUGACAUUAGGAUUGAUUAAUAACCCUAUCCAAUUGCCAUUGGUGUGGACAAAGGGGGUGGACAGUGAUCUGUUGUGCCAGUGUUAUAACCUGGCCUGGGUUGGUCAGUGGCAGAAAUGUUCGGUCAUUCUCAAGAAUACAAUGGCACAUGUCUAGUAAGCAUCAGUAAUUUAGAACCAGCACGUUCCACAGAUAUUUAUCAUUGAACUCAAUAAGGUCUAAGUAAGAUUUCCCCUUUAAUGUCCAUGUGUGAUGUGACCCUACAGAGAUUAAAAUUUAUUUAUUAUACUUUUUUUAGAUCUUCUCAGCCGUUGCUGCUAUGCCAUCAAAGUAGAAAAUAAACUUAGUAAUUGAGGUGAAGUGCGACAAUGAUAUCCGACAAAAAAACAGUCCAAGUUUUACAUUGGAAACUGUAAUACUGAACUAGGCAAUAUGGGUCAUUGUUUUUAAUAAUGUGCUUAUUAUUUGACCAUUAUAAACUUUUGUUGAAGCCUUUGAGGAAACAUAAUAAUCACUUUGAAUAGUAAAUCAAUAUAGAUUCCAGGCAUACAUGGUACUGUAUUUGAGUGUUUUGUAUUAUGUAACAUGCACCACACCAACAAAUAACACUUAAAGAAUGUAUCCAAAUACAAUGAUCGAAGAGAAGGAAAGAUGAAUAGUCAAAUAACUGCUAAUUUAAUGCUUAGAAAAACCUACAAGUGAUCUCUGAUAUGUAUUUACUGAUAUGUCUGCUUUUGUCAUACUGUCUAGGGAUUGUGACUAGAUGCCCAUUGGAACUUAAACUUUGUAAAGGAAAGACUGAUUCAGAAUGGAGCGGAAAAAUCAGCUAUUUAACAAUAAACCAGGAGCUGCAAAGUCCUUCAGAAGUUGAGAAAGAAAUAAUGAAAGGUAAGUAAUGUCAGCUAUAACUUAAUUUAACAAUAUUUGGUAAGAUUGUCUCAAUUGCUAUUUUUGGUUUUGUUUUGGAAUUCGGAAAUCUAUACCUGAUAUCAAGCAUUUUACAUUAUAAUUUUAUAAGCUCCUUGGAUCUUGAUAAGUAUGAUAACAUAUUGUUUUUUUAUUGUCUCUAGCUCAGGAUGCAAUGGCUGGCUCAGGAAAUGGGAUCAGUUCUGACUCAAUUAGUUUAGAGGUGAGAUCACCAGAUGUUCCAGAUCUAACACUCAUCGACUUACCCGGAAUUGCGAGAGUUGCUGUGGGCGGUCAACCUAAAGACAUUGGAGACAAGGUGAAAACAUGUUCUGAAACAGAGGUUGUUUUGCUGAUUUUCAUAACAAAAAAAAAGAAUCAAGGCAUUUUAAAAAUAUCAACGGCCACUUAAUUUGUUCCAUCUCCACGGAAGUUAUCAGUAAUGAUGAGACACUGGGGGCAGAGAAAGCAGUGGGAACAAUCGCUGCACUUUGCUAAUCCAGUGCUUCUCCAUGAGAAGUGUUGGAUUAGCUGAGGACCAUAAUUGAUUCAGUUGCUCUCUUUGUCCACAUGCUUCUUUAUUUGAAGAAUAAACUGUAUUUGGUGUCAUCUUGUUGGGUUUACUGACCUUCGAUUCUUCUUCGAAGAUCUUCAAGCAGGGAAAGCCUCUAGUGGUCAUCAGACAGCUUCUAGAGGAAUGGUAUUAGACAAAUGUAAACAUUACAUUAACUCUGAUACAACAAUGUUAUAUAUUGUCCACAAAACAGCAUCUAUGCACCAAAACUAAUUCACUAAGAACACGUGGUUUUGGUGUUGGGAGGUUCCCUUUACAUUGUAAAGGAAGUAAAAGCAGAACGUCAUAUAUAGUUGGACUGCAGUUAUGAAACAAUUAACCAACCUUAAAAAAACGUUUUAAUGAAGAUAGUGAGCAUGAUCCCUGGUAGUCCGUGUGAAGCAUGAAAUGUAUAACUCUAGAGGGUUCAGGUAAAUUCUAGUGGUUCUGCACUUUGCAUGAAUAGAUGCCCGAGGUGGGUAGUGAUGCCACAACCUAGUGUUUGCUAAUUAGGCAGAAAUUGAAUGCAAUGUCACUAUAAUGAUGAGAGGUCUCCCCACAAGCCCAUGGAACCACAAUGCACCCCAAUGCCCAAUGCGACUUUGACUGACCCUGUAUAGUUUUCAUACAAAUAGGGCCUAUUUUUUAUUGCAGUAGUUUAUCACAGUGUGUAAUGACUGUGUAGAGUAACAAAGUUCAAAAAACAUUUAGAAUUAACUAUGGCAUUCAACUCUCGUUCCCUAUUGCUCCAAGUAGACAGAUUUUGGAUUACCUACAGAGUUUAAGUUAUUUUAACCAUGGCUGCAACAAAGAUAUGGCAGCUAAUAGUGUGUUUAAAACACAGUUCUCCUUCAACUUGCUACAACAUUAAAGUUUAAGAAUGGAAAUAUUAAAGAAGUGAGUAUGUUUUGCAACAUUUUUUAGAUUUCGUAUUUAAAGACCAUGUCUAGGUUACAUGCAAUGCAGUUAAAAAUAUGCAUGUAUUCGUUUUUAUAAAAAACUCCCUCCUUAUUGCUUAAAAUCUUAUAUUUUAUUAGCUGCUCUACUUGCAUCUAUAGCUGAGCUGACACCUUCAAUUUUGCCCAGCAGAAACCCCCAUGUUGGCAGUGACCAAAUAAAUGGCUCUUAUAGAGAAGCACUGUGGACACAUACAGUACAAUACAACAUAUUAUGAGUCCUAAAACAAACACUAUGCUUAAACUGUUAUAAGGGCAGUUUUUUUGUUCAGGAAGCGAGUAUGUUUAUACAUAUAUAUCACCUUCAAGACUUCUCUAGGGCUGUGCCGUUCCAAUGGAACUCCCUUCACUGCUCCAUUAGACUCUCACCGAGUCUCCAUUUCUUAAAAAAAAUCAUUGAAAACUCAAUUAUUUAGUAGGCAUGUGCAUGGGAACAUUUUUCGGUUCGGUUCGGCAUUCCGAAAUUCGGGACUUCGGCAAUUCGGCACUUCGACACUUUGGCAACUUCGGCACUUCUGCAACUUCGGAACUUCGCCACUUCGGAAUUUUGGUAACUUCGGCACUUCAACACUUCGGAACUUCGGCACUUCUGCAACUUCGGCACUUCGGAACUUGUCUUGCAGCCGCUUGGUAGAUAACUCCCUAAUUCCCACGGUAUUUAGGGAGUUAUCUACCAAAAGGCUGAAAGACCUGUGGCUGCUCACUGUUAAAAUUUUAUUUAUUUUUUUAAAAGGGUCCCCCCCCCCGAGCUGGGGGCCCUAAAUUAGAAUAAGGGGGCGACCUAUUGCCCCCCUGGCCCCCACCCCUGAGCGGCAGGUGGGGGCCCUAAAGUAAAAUAAUGGGGGGGGGACCUAUUGUCCUCCCCCUGGUCCCCACCCCUGAGUGGUGGGUGGGGGCCCUAAAUACUAAUUAGGGGGGGAGACCUAAUGUCCUCCCCCCUGAGCGGUGGGUGGGGCCCCUAAAUUAGAAUGAGGGGGGGCACCUAAUGUCCUCCCCCCUGAUCCCCACCCCUGAGCAGUGGGUGGAGGCCCUAAAUUAGAAUGAGGGGGGGAGUACCUAAUGUCCUCCCCCUUGGCCCCGACCCCUGAGUGGUGGGUGGAGGCCCUAAAUACUAAUUAGAGGGGGGACCUAAUGUCCUCUCCCCUGGUCCCCACCCCUGAGCGGUGGGUGGGGGCCCUAAAUUAGAAUGAGGGGGGAGGACAUAUAAUGUCUUCCCCCUUGGCCCCCACCCCUGAGCGGUGGGUGGGGGCCCUAAAUUAGAAUGAGGGGGGAGGACAUUAGGUCCCCCCCCCCCUCAUAACCAAUCAGAGAGUUAUGAGUCAAAUUACACAGCAUGGGAAAAUUCCAAAGAACUUUCUCACUCUGUGUAAAAUGGCACAGAGCACUCUGAUUGGUGGAUUUCAAACCAACCAAUCAGAGUGCUGUGACAGGUAAAUGUAGACACUUACCUGUCAGUCUCUUCAUUUACCUGUCAGAGCACUCUGAUUGGAUGGCUUAAACCCACCAAGCAGAGUGCUCUGAGCCUAAUUGCAGGGCGGGCAAGGCUUUAUAGGCCUUCCCCCGCCCUGCAGAGCUCAGUCUGAACGGAGCCCUCCAUGGGUGAAGAUGGAUUUUUUUUUUGCGCUCGUUUUUUUUUUUUAUUGCGUCGGUUAUUAUGGCUUUUUAUUUGGCCUUUUUUGAGGCCGAAAAAAGAAGAUUUUAGAAGAAAGAAAACAUCAAAUGGUAAGUUUAUUUUUUUACAGGUACUUAGUUAUAUGGUCCCCCCUCAUUAUUUUUAGGGUGAAGGGGGUAGGUAGGGGUUAAUUUUUUGGGGGAGGGGGGUGACUAGGGGUUUUGGGACCCCUAGUCACCUGCAGGAGGGGGGAUUAUUUUUUUAUGUAGGGGUGGGUAUUUAGUAUUUAGGGCCCCCACCCACCGCUCAGGGGUGGGAGCCAGGGGGGAGGACAUUAGGUCCUCCCCCCUCAUUCUAAUUUAGGGACCACACCCACCGCUCAGGGGUGGGGGCCAGGGGGUAGGACAUUAGGUCCCCCCCCUAAUUAGUAUUUAGGGCCCCCACCCACCGCUCAGGGGUGGGGGCCAGGGGGGGACAUUAGGUCCCUUCCCUAUUCUGAUUUAGGGCCCCCACCCGCCGCUCAGGGGUGGGGGCCAGGGGGAGGACAAUAGGUCCCCCCCUUAUUUUACUUUAGGGCCCCCACCCGCCGUACAGUGGUGGGGGCCGGGGGGGCAAUAGUUCCCCCCUUCAGGUUAGGAGGGGGACUUUUUUUUUUACAGUGAGCAGCCACAGGCUGCUCACUGUUUAAUAGACAUGCCCCUACUCGCGGUAUAGCGAGUAGGGGCAUAAUUUACUAAUACUAAGUAAUGUUUACUUAGUAUUAAUACAUUUGGCUGAAAGACCAAUUUAGGUCUUUCGGCCUUUUAGUAGAUAGCUCCCUAAUACCGUGGGAAUUAGAGAAUUAUCUACUUAUUCAUUCCUGUCAUUACAUGACAGGCCAAGUAACUUACAUUUUAUAUGAAUGUAUGCUACUUGAUUGUUACAAAUGCUUACAGCUGAAUCCAGGCUAUGUUUGUAUACUUUUUAUUUAAAAUUGUAUACAGUGUAACAUUAUUCUUCUUCCACUGGGUAAGUAUAUUAGUACUUAGGCAAAACUGUGCUUCGGAACUUCGGGACCUCGGUAAUUCGGCAAUUCGGAAGUACCCGAAUGUCCGAAUUGCCCGAAAUUCAUCAGAAUACAUAUUCGGCCCGAAACGAAUUGCACAUGUCUAUUAUUUAGGAAAGCAUACCAAAUAACUGUUAAUAGCUUUCCUAUUAUUUGGUAACUAACCCUGCUUCCUCUCCUGCAACUGUGUCAUCCAAAAAAAAACUAACUCUUUAUUGCAAACUGUUCUAGCAGCCUAUAUUUUCCUAUACAUGAAAUGCAUCCUACCCUUACCUCUUGUGCCACUUUACCCGACUCCCUCUAGAAUGUAAGCACGUUUGAGCAGGUCAAUGUGCGUCUAACUCGUCUUGUUACAAAUGAUUCUAUAUUAGUCGACCUAUUAUACAGUUUGAUGGCGUUUUAUAUAUAAUAAUAGCAAUAAUGAAUUAUAUUAUAAAAUUAAAUCCAGUGUCUUUAUGAGUGCAGGUAUAUCACCCAGUUAUAGCAAUGGAAGGCGUACAUUUCUUUAUCUGAAUAUGUAGUUUUAGGUAUGAAUAAAGAAAUUUAACCCCUUAAGGACCAAACUUCUGGAAUAAAAGGAGUUAAGGUAGCAUUUCAUAGUUAUUUUUUUUAACAAGAUUAUAUAAUUUUACAGAUUAAACGAUUGAUCAAACAAUAUAUUCAGAAGCAGGAAACAAUCUGCUUGGUGGUUGUGCCAUGCAAUGUGGACAUAGCGACAACGGAAGCACUUGAAAUGGCGAGGGAAAUCGAUCCUAAUGGUGAAAGAACUCUGGGUAUGAUUAUAUAUAUAAUCUAAUUUUAUGAUAUCAGAAUGGUGUGAGAUCACAGGACUUAAAAUGACUUAAAUGUGUCAUUACUCUAUAAUAUUAGUGACUGGUUUAUGAUGUUAUGAAAAGUCAAUUAAUAUUUGUCAUUUUAUUCAUAACUUAAUAUUCAUGACCAGAUUUACCAGUAUGAAAAAACAUACAGAGAGGUCCAGGCACUCCAGAAUUCAAAAAAAGGCAAUUUAAUAAACCCACAGGUAGGCAGGGUAGGUAGUUGUCAAUACCCACUGUACUCAUAAUUCACAGUGAAUGCACGAAUGUGAAAUGUGGGUGUGACAAGUUUUGAUAGGUGGUGGAGCUUGGUGGUAGAACUCCAGUGUGUAGAGUGUCAGUAUAGGGGUAUUGAUAUGUGAAGAGUUAGUGUCAAUUGGGGGCAGUGGGAAUUAAUCAUCAAGAAAUAUAUUGUAUCUCUGAAAUGUCUCAUUUUACUGAUGUGCUACAAAUAAAUAAAUAAGGUUAUACAAGUGGACCUAUUAACACUAAAUGUCCUCUUAUAAAUACAGUCCUUUGGAAAGCCUUGUGAGAAUUCUAUUUCUGAUUCUAUCUCUCUUCCUUCCCAUCCAGGCAUUCUUACCAAACCUGAUCUGAUUGACAAAUGUACAGAAGAAAAUAUAGUUAACAUUGUCAACAACAACGUAAUACACCUAAAGAAGGGCUAUAUGAUCGUAAAAUGCAGAGGGCAACAGGAGAUUCAGGAGAGGCUGUCAUUAAAGGAGGCUACUGAGAGGGAGAAAGCCUUCUUUGAAGACCACGAGUAUUUCAGGUUAGUCCUUGUUCUUCUGUAUAUUAUCUCAGACUAUUAACCUCUCAAUGUUUGAAAACAUUUUUGUACCGCGUGUAUAUACACACAUAAAUAUGUAUUGUAUGUGUCAAAUAUAUAAUAUAAAUAUAUCAUUAUAGUGACUUGCAAUGCUACUUGAUUACCUAUCAUGUGUUCUUUAAAGACCUAUUCUUACUCAUUACUUAAUUUUCAUCCUGUUCAUUGCAGUGAACUUCUGGAUGGAGAGAAGGCCACCAUUCCUCUUUUAGCUCAACGACUCACGGCAGAACUUGUGGAACACAUUAAUGUAGGUGGAAUGAUACAAAAAAUAUAUAAUUAGUUAGUUGAUUUAUUGAUCAGUUCACCGCAUCUUUAUAUUCACACAUCAGUUGGAUAUAGGUAAGAAAUAUUUAUUAUUUUGAUUAAAGUGAUAGGAAAUGGGUGUGGUGGAUGCAGUCAGGCACGAUUAUUUAUUAAAGGCUGAAUUUGAAAUGGUUCCAUACAGAAUGGGGCAACAUUAUUCGAAGCUGUACGUGGACAAUCAGAAUGCAACAUUUGGACAUUGUUCACACUAUCUAACAAUGUCCGGUUAUUGCAGACAAGGCUCUGAAUAACCACACAGCACAAAAUGGUGGACAGUGCACUUGUGUGAUAAAAAUAUGUGAGACAAAUAAUAGCCACAGUAGUGAGCAAUCUAACAGUGGAUAAGUGAGCAAAUAAAUAAGAAAAUAUACUAUAUGGACGUUAUCCCAUAUGUCUCUGUAAAAGAGAAUACUCAAAUAGGGCAAUAUAAUUUGUACACACUGUCUAUAACAUAAACCAAAUGAUCAUUCUUUUAUUACAUCUUACUCACAUUUUAAUGAGCCUGUACAUAACUGGCUCUGCUAGCUAACUCAGCAGAUGCGGAAUCAAGGUAUUACUGGACUCAAGCUUCUGGUACUGGAUCCUCCCAGGAUGAGAUGAAAAUGGGCACCAAGUUAGAAUAAAAUACAGCAAUUUAUUCAACAAACACAUACAAAUCUUACAUCUCUGUAAAGUCCUUUCAGUCCCAAUAAUCGCACAAUGCAUUUCAGCUUGAAUGCUUUCCUCAGGUUUAUAGUUCUGGAACAGUUCAAUCUCCAUUUUGAAAUGUUAAAUUUUUGGGCAGGAAAUCACCCAUGACACGCCCCUUCAAUCGUGUUGCAUCACGACUUCCUCCGUCUCCCAUUCAUCUUAGUCCUCCCGGAAUCUCUUAGUCUUCAUUUCGAGUGUUACGGUUCCACUAUCUGUCCAUCUAUUUGUUAAAAUGAGUGGUUGAUCUUAUGGUGGAGAGUAACAGCACUGAUUUUUGUGUUAUCUAUUUGUGAAAUCUAGUGUUUAAUUUCGGGGUGGAAAUAAGCAGCAAUGAUUUUUGUUUUCACAUAGUUCCUUUCUGCUACACAUUUGUUGUUUUUUUGUAAGGCUCUGAAUAAGCCGGAAUUUCAGCUGUCUGGAUUAUUCCUAUCGUAAGUUUUCGGAAAAGUUGCUUAUCUGUCAGAGUGUCAGAGCAUUGUAAUGAGAUUUCAUGAGAAAGAGUGGUAAAGCCUUAUAAAAGCUUUUUCCGCCUUGAAGCUCGUUUGGUAUGGGACCUUCGCAGGGGUGAAGAUGAAUCUGUUUUCAGUUGUUUUUUCUUUUUUACAUCAGGUUUUUUGCCAAUUUGUUGUUUUUUUUCAUAUUAAAAGUUGUAUUACGAUAUUUUGGACCUUAUUUUGCCCUUUUCUUGGGGGCUGAAGAAAAGAGGAUUUAGAAGAAAGAAGAUAUUUGUCUGGGAGUAUGACUUUUUUUUUACAGGUAUUCAUUACAUCUGAAUGUGAUCAACUCAUAUGUAAUUCAGAAGCAAUACUCCUGCUACAAACUUUAACUCAAAAUAAUUACAACGUUAUGCCACCUCCAUUGUAUAUUUUGUUAGUAGCCCCCAGCAGCCACCCAUGGGUGGUGACUGAGUGAGGACACUAGUUCGGAACCCGUUGUAUUAUAAUUAUAGCCCCUACCCCCCAUCUCUGGGUAGGGGUGACACUAGAUUCCACCAGUAUAAAAUAAGUAGCUCCUAACCGCCGCCCAUUGGAGGAAGCUUGUGGGGCAUUAGGUCCCCCCAGUUUAAAAAGUACCUCCCAUCUGCUAACCAUGGGUGGAAGAUAGGUGAGGAAAUGCAAGCUGGGGUGGGGGAUAGAGGUCGAUAGUGCUCUGUCCAAAUACUAUUAUUUCAUUUAAAACCCCAUACCCAUUAUUUUUUUUUUUUUUAUAAUUCUUUAUUUUUAUGUGCACAAGAGUAACAGUUGUUCUUGCAAUGCCCCAACAGCAGUGACAAGUCAAAGAGCUAAACAUAGCAUAACAGAUACAAGGCAUUCGACUGUACAGCACAUUUUUUUUUAAAAGUGGUAUAAGGUACAUGCUAGGUCUAACAUGUCUAUAGGUAGUAUGGAGAGUAAGCGUGAACUUCCAUUAUUACAAGCUGGUUCAUAGACAACAAGUAGCUAAGGAUAACAAGGUAGUUUGUGACACAUGCUUAUGGUGUUAAGGGGUAAUGUGAUAAGACAGGUUUGUUUGUAGUACAUGCAAAACAUCUGAAGACUGGCCAUUUCUGAGGCUGAGCGCAUUUCAAGCCUAUCCCUUUAAGCAAGCAAAAAAUCUUAGUCUGUAUUGCGUCCAUACGUUUUAAAAGGUUGUAGAAUACACAGCAAAUCAUAUCAAGCUAAUCUGUUUGGGUCUGCGCAAUCUAAGCACAGGAGAUUCUAAGUGAUGUCAGAUGACAGUGAUACAUUAUUAGACAUAAUAAGAGGCAUGCCUUAGGUAGCAAACUACUGAAGCAUAUAAUAUAUUAACUGGCAAUUAUAUAGGUGCUAUAGAUCGAUCAAUAUAGUCAGAGUGUGACAUGAAACUGCAUUCUCUUGUUUAGGGUAGCUUAGCUGGGAACCAGAAUUAAGCAUUAAUACGUGGUGGAUCAUAAGCUUUGUGUCCCAGAAUGUCCCCCAAUGCCUCCCCUGUCAGCCUAUGCCUUCCGGGGUUACUGUCCAGACCUGUGAACCGCACGGGAACUCAGCCGCCACAGGUCCCAGUCCUGAUGCUAGGCUUCCCGGUGUGUGUCCGACGUAGAGGCAUGCUGUAUAGCGUCCAGGUCUGUUCGUCCUCGUCGGCUGGGUCCUGCACAGGUAUUGGUGCUUGCGCUGCAUGGUUCUUUUGCUUGGCUUAGUUUUAGGCUGGGAUGAGGCUGGCUUCAACCUGCUUUGGGUAGCUUUCAGUUGUGGGCGCCGAUGUUUGUGUGUCGAUGGCGUGUUGCGCUGUCUUUGGCGCCAUUUUCCAGCUUGCAGUUUUCGGCUUGUUGUACCACUGGACCGAAUGCGAAAGGGCUGCGUCUUCAGUGAGUGCUCGCUCUGGGUUUUUGCUGUAGCCUGCCUUUCUUCCAGCUUGUGCCAGAAGGCCUCGAAUAAGGCAUCCAGCCUCUUCAGGCUGUCUGUCUCUUGCGUCGCAGUGAGUGUCUCCGGGCCAGUCACCGCCAUUUUAGGGCCAGUUCCCGAGGGUACCCUCCUGGGACCGGGAUGACCCCCACCGGUCCAUAGGGGGGGACGUGGGCAUGUGAAUUAAUGAUUUAAUUAUAAUUUUGAUUGAAUUGCUUUAAUUUUGUUAUUUAUUUAUUUUGCUUUUUAUUCAUGCAGGAUAUUAGUCCUGAUUAACCACAGGGAAAUCUAUGAAAAAAUCUGAAUGUAAUCAACUCAUAUGUAAUUUAGAAGCAAUACUCCUGCCACAAACUUUAACUCAAAAUAAUUACAAGGUUAUGAAUAAAGGAGGAAAUAUUAUGAAUUGAGUGAUAGAAACCAAUAUAAUUAAAGGGACACUCCAGACCACUAAAGCACUUUUGCUUACUUAAAAGCUUUAUGUGUGAAGAGUGUGUCCUCUUUUUUAAAUUUUCGAGUAUAUAGGCGGCGGGAGAGCGGCCAUCUCCCCCGCGCCUCGUGUGAGUGUAGGCCUCAUAGUACCACCGGGCGAGUUCAAGUGGGGCAUCCACAUGUGUGGUAUCGUUGCGCAGGUCGUUGGUUGCUUUGUCAUUUGCCAGCCCGUGGAUGACCAGUUUCAGUGUCUUUGGGGGAAAAUCCCAGCUUAGAACACCUUUUAUCACAGGAGCUCUUGCAGCCUGCGUUGACUCCGCACAGCGGUCAGGCCCCGCCCCCCAUACCCAUUAUUUUACUUGCCCCUUUUCCAUAUCUACUAUCCCCAUAUCUGCUAAUACUUGGUAGAUAUGCCACCAUCUUCCAUAUGACUUGAGGAGGCAAAAGGGAGGUCCACAACCUCCCUUAUACAAAUAUAGGGUCAUAUAGUGACAGGGUUAAAGCAUAAUCUAUUUUUAAUUGCUUUCAGAAAUCACUUCCCACCCUGGAGGACCAAAUAAAAAACAAACUUCAACUUACUAGGGAUGAAUUAGCAACGUGUGGCACAGGAGUACCGGAAGAUGAAAGCGAGCAGCUGGCUUUCCUUGUUGAGGUGAGUCAGUGAUUGGUGAUCACCAUGCCGUCAGGUUAACAUAUAUCUUUGUACAUUUACAUUGAAAGUGGCUGGGAUGAUGCCUAUGAGCUUAAAUGUCAAUAUGAUGGGAUCCAUUAACCCCAUUGCUUGAUACACCCUUGGCACUUGUUAAACUCUCCUUAUCACAGGUUUCACUCCUCGCAGGAUAAACACAGGCAAGACUGGUAAAUUAGUACAAUUUAUUUGUUAUAAUGGUAAUAGCAUCUAGUAAUAAGCUGUUUAGUUGUUAAGAAAAACAUAAAAUAAAAAAACAUGCAAUACAAAUGAUAUACCACUUUGGAAAAAGUGCUAUAUCACAGACUAUUGUUAUAGUGGGCAAAGGGUAAGAGAAGGGUCAGUACUAUCAUUAAGUCAUGGACGUGGUGUCAGGUGAUCGUUUCGGCCUUCAUUGGGCCUCGUCAGCGAGGUGUAGUUGAUAUUCCUCUUGACCAGGGAUCGGCAACCUUCGGCAAAUGUUUUGGACUACAUCCCCCAUAAUACUCUUACACACAUAAUGCUGGCAAACCUUCAUGGGAGGUGUAGUGCAAAACAUCUGCAGUGCCAAAGGUUGCCUAUGCCUGCUCUAGAUACAGUGAGCACAGAGUUCACAUCUGGAUUACACUUUUAACUUAGAACUCAUAAUUAUCAAUAAGUGAUCUUAAAAGUAAAGGAUUUUGAAAUAUUAAAUUCCUCAGAAUUUCACAGACAUUAGCAUUUCAAAAGAUUGCAAAUUCAGAGUGGUGGAAAAUAGAGAAAUGAAACAGAACACUUUUCUGUUGGAAAAAGUAUUGGAAAAACUCUGAAAUCAACAAUAAAAUGCCUUACAUUAAGAAAUUAUGGAUCUUAUUAAUUAUAGCAGCAAUUCACAACAAAUUCUAUUUUCCUUCUAUGAGCAGGGCCGCCAUCAGAAAUUUUGGGGCCCCUGACAAAGCACAAGGUCUGGGCCCCCCCUCACUCCCGGGCCCGCCCACGCCCUACCUGGUCCGCUGACAAUGAUGCAGGACUGAAUGUGGUGUGUAUAGUGGAAGUGAAUUAGAAUAUGUGUAAUGGAUGUAGUGUUUGUGUGUAUUAGAUACUGUUUGUACAGUGAAUGCAGAGUGUGUGUUUGUGUAGCAGAUGCAGUGUGUAUAGUGAACACAGAGUGUGUUUGAGUAGUGGAUAUACUGUGUGUACAGUGAUGUAGUGUGUGUUUGUGUAGUGGAUGUAGUGUUUGUAUGUACUAGAUGAAAUGUGUUUAGUGGGUGCAGUGUCUGUAGUGGAUGUAGUGCAUGUAUUAGACGCAGUGUCUGUGUAUAGUGAAUGCAGAGUGUUUCAAUGUGUGGUGGAUGUAGUGUGUGUACUGUGAAUACAGGAUGUUUGUGUAGUGGAUGCUGUGUGUACAGUUAAUGCAGAGUGUAUGUUAGUGUAGUGAAUGCAGAGUGUGUCAGUAUAGUGAAUCCAGAGUGUAUGCAUAGUUUAGUGAAUGCAGAGUGUGUGUUAGUGUGUAGUGAAUGCAGAGUGUGUCAGUGUAAUGAAUGUAGUGUGUGUGUUAGUGCAGUGAAUGCAGAGUGUGUGUUAAUGUGUAUUGAAUGCAGAGUGUGUGUUAAUGUGUAGUGAAUGCAGAGUGUGUGUUAGUGUAGUGAAUGCAGAAUGUGUUAAUGUGUAGUGAAUGCAGAGAGUGUGUUAGUGUAGUGAAUGCAGAGAGUGUGUUAGUGUGUAGCGGAUGCAGAGUGUGUGAGUUAGUGUAGUGAAUGCAGAGAGUGUGUUAGUGUGUAGCGGAUGCAGAGUAUGUGUUAGUGUAGUAAAUGCAGAUAGUGUGUUAGUGUGUAGCGGAUGCAGAGUGUGUGUUAGUGUGUAGCGGAUGCAGAGUGUGUGUUAGUGUAGUGAAUGCAGAGUGUGUUAAUGUGUAGUGAAUGCAGAGAGUGGGUUAGUGUGUAGCGGAUGCAGAGUAUGUGUUAGUGUAGUAAAUGCAGAGAGUGUGUUAGUGUGUAGCGGAUGCAGAGUGUGUGUCAGUAUAGUGGAUGCAGUGAGUGUGUUAGUGUGUAGUGUAUACAGAGUGUAUGUUGUAUUAGUGUAUGCAGUGUGUGUGUUGUGUUAGUGUAUGCAGUGUGUGUGUUGUGUUAGUGUAUGCAGUGUGUUGUGUUAGUGUAUGUAGUGUGUGUUGUGUUAGUGUAUGCAGUGUGUGUGUUGUGUUAGUGUAUGCAGUGUGUGUGUUGUGUGUUAGUGUAUGCAGUGUGUGUGUGUUGUGUUAGUGUAUGAGUGUGUGUGUUGUGUGUUAGUGUAUGCAGUGUGUGUGUUGUGUGUUAGUGUAUGCAGUGUGUGUGUUGUGUUAGUGUAUGCAGUGUGUGUGUUGUGUGUUAGUGUAUGCAGUGUGUGUGUUGUGUUAGUGUAUGCAGUGUGUGUGUUGUGUGUGUGUAUGUGUGUGUUGUGUUAGUGUAUGCAGUGUGUGUGUGUGUUAGUGUAUGCAGUGUGUGUUGUGUUAGUGUAUGCAGUGUGUGUGUUGUGUUAGUGUAUGUAGUGUGUGUGUGUGUUGUGUUAGUGUAUGCAGUGUGUGUGUGUGUUGUGUUAGUGUAUGCAGUGUGUGUGUUGUGUUAGUGUAUGUAUUGUGUGUGUUGUGUAAAUGUGUGAUCUGGGGGGAGAGGGGGAGGAAGGGGCAUUUUAAUAUAAAUUUUUAAUUAAUUUAAUUAAAUGUUUCUCCCCCCUCCCUGCUUACCUGUAUCCAGGGAGGGGGGAAGGGGGGAGCUUCCAUCUGUUACCACCAGAGGGGGCCCAGGCAGCACAGGAGCAGCUUCUCCUUCUCUCUUCUCAUAACUCUCGCGAGACCCGCGGAGCGUUGCUAUGGUAACCGGGUCUCGCGAGAGUUAUUAGAAGAGAGAAGACAGGAGGAGAAGCUGCUCCUGUGCUGCCUGGGCCCCCUCUGCGGUAACAGGGAGCCGGGGGCCCGCGGCUGCACACAUAGAUAGCGAAAUUCGCUAUCUAUGUGUGCAGAGAAACAAAGUGGGGCCCAGGACUGCCAGAGCAGUCCGGGCCCCCCAGGGCCGCCGGGGCCGUGACAACUGUCACGGUUGUCACCCCCUGAUGGCGGCCCUGUCUAUGAGUCAAAUGGUUUAGUAAUGCAUUCUACUUAUAAAUAAUAAUGUGAAAACGUACUUCAUCUACACUUUAAAGGACCACUAUAGUGCCAGGAAAACAAACUCGUUUUCCUAGCACUAUAGUGUUAAUAGGUCCCCCCCACCCUCAUGGCCCCCUCCCGCCGGGCUCUAGGGGGAAGAAGGCUUACCUGCGCUGGAGACUCUCCUCCCUCUUCCCUCUUCCGCCGAAUGCAUUCAGUCAGUCCAUAGGAAAGCAUUCUUAAUUCUUUCCUAUGGACGGCAGCGUCUUCACAGUGAGAAGCGCGGACGCGUCUCUAGCGGCUGUCAGUGAGACAGCCACUAGAGUCUGGAUUAACCCAUAUGUAAGCAUAGCAGUUUCUCUGAAACAGGCAAGGUUAACCCUAGAUGGACCUGGCACCCAGACCACUUCAUUAAGCUGAAGUGGUCUGGGUGACUAUAGUGGUCCUUUAACACCCACAGACAUACCAUGGGAGCGAUUUAAUAUUGUUAGAUAACCUUUCCAAAUGAUUGCAUUUUUUUAAACUUUUAAAAUGAUUUAUUCAACUUGUUAAAUUAUAAAAAAAUCAUAGCAUGUAUAAAAAAAUCUAGAGAUGUAUAAAAAAUAUCACAGUAUUACAUUUUUUUCAUAUUUUUCAUAAUAUUACAUUGUUUAAAAGUUUAUCCAGACAUAGUCAAACAUUUAAAUAUUUACAAAACACAUACAGGUUUAUUCACCAUAGUGUGAAUUUUCAAAAAUCUGAUUUAAUUAUAAUGUUGAUUGAAUUGUUUUAAUUUUGUUAUUUAUUUAUUUUGCUUUUCAUUCAUGCAUGAUAUUAAAGUCCUCCUGAUUAACCACAGGGAAAUCUAUGAAAAAAUCUGAAUGUGUUCAACUCAUAUGUAAUUCAGAAGCAAUAUUCCUGCCACAAACUUUAAUUCAAAAUAAUUACAAAGUUAUGAAUAAAGGAGGAAAUGUUAUGAAUUGAGUUGUGAUAGAAACCAAUAUAAUUAAAGGGACACUCCAGACCCCUAAAGCACUUUUGCUUACUUAAAAGCUUUAUGUGUGAAGAGUGUGUCCUCUUUUUUAAAUUUUACAAAAAAUACAUUUAAUAGAAACUGACCCUUUUCUAAAUUAGCCUGGUAACAACCCCUUGGGUUUAAACAGACAACCGAUCCUGUUACUUCCUGGUUUGGUUAGCUCAGUGGAGCUAAACUCAAGUGGCAGCAAUUGCCCAGAGCACCUGCCUUGCAAAGACUUUUCAUUGAGCUGCUUUGGGAAGUCUGGGAUUGGACAGCCACAGACAGUCUGGGCGGUAUUAGAAGGGGAGGAUUUGCAAAGGCUGCAGACUAGAGACUUGCAGGUUUUUCAAGAUGUUUUUAGAUUUACCCCAAUGGAAAAAUGCAUAAUUAAAUGGAUGCAAGUUUCCAUUUGGUGUAUAUCUACAAAAAAAAAAAGUGAUUUGAUUUAUUUUGUAUUUGGGCAGUGGAGUGUCCCAUUAAAGGUACCCUCUCCCUCCCACCACCCAUCCCAUGUUGCUGAAAGGGUGAAAACCCCUUCAGUGACUUAACUGAGACCCCCGCCAAUGUCCCUCGGUGGUGGUUUCGGUUCCGCCCACGCUCCUCCCCCGCAGACGUCAUCCGGCGGGGGAGACCGAUCGAGCAUGCGCAGCCGCCGGCGGGGGAGACCUAAUGCACUCAAUGCUUUUCUAUGGGGAAUUGAGCGACACUGGAGAACCAGAAAGUGCCCUCUAGUGGCUGUCUAGUAGACAGCCACUAGAGGAGGAGUUAACCCUGCAAGGUAAUUAUUGCAGUUUAUAAAGACUGCAAUAUUUACAGCUGCAGGGUUAAGGGUAGUGGGAGUUGGCACCCAGACCACUCCAAUGGGCAGAAGUGGACUGGGUGCCUGGAGUGUCUCUUUAAGGUUCCAAGUCCAUCACAUUUUCCUGGACAUGUUUUAUUUGUACAUUCUGUUGAAUGGUACAUGAGAACUGAUGUAUAUAGAAUUCAUAUGCUGAAGGAAGGUAAAACAAAUCUACCAAUCAUUAGAAGGAAUCCCAAAUGACCUUCAGUCAGUCCCUUCCUUCAUUACACAAAUGCUCUAUAAACUGUAGCCCAUCGAACUGGAACAUGUCUUGGAAAAUUUGCUGGAUCUGGAGGUUCAGUUUGUGAUUACUUAUUUAAAAGUUCUACCUGCCUUAAUCUUGUGUCUUAUGUCAAUUUUUUUGCAGAAAAUCCAACUAUUUAACCAAUGUAUUGCUCGUGCCACACAAGGAGAGGAAUUCAUAACUUCUGCAAAAAACCCUAAACUUUUUUCAAAAGUUCGGGAACAUUUCAACUCUUGGCAAAACAAACUUGAUGACAGCAUUGAGGAAUGUAAGAUCACAUGACAGUAUGGCAAAUUGUGUAAUUCUAUAAAAGGGGGAACUGUCAUAUUCCAGAAUUUUUAAUAUUAUGUCAACAUAUCCCUAUAUCUAAUGAAAAUGCGUUUAUGAGAUGUGAAAACUCAUAUUAUACGUAGCAAAAUCGACAACUCACAAACUCCCUGAAAACCAUUGCUAUAAGCUCUGUCUUUUACACCUGAAUUCGCAGUCAUCAUAAGGGAAGAAUAGAAAUGAAACAGUGGGGCUUUUUUUAAUCAAAGUGCUAUGUUCUGAAAAAUUGUCUAAAGUACUAAAAGUGGAACAAUCACCAUGGAAGCCAGAGGGACAAGGAGGCACAUUCCAUUAGUGACUCCUUACCUUUUACAUGUUUGCAACAGUUUUUAGAACAGAACUCAGACUUUUAAGGAAGACAGGAUGGCAUUAUUCCUACAUCCCUUGUAGCGAGUGGGGUAAGAGAGAGUGUGCCAGUGAUACAAUUUGCAUCAAAUUUCCAACCCGAAAGGUUGGGUUCACCCAAGAAUUUGCAGCUCAGUCUCAAACUCGCAGACUGCCUGCCCAUCACUUAGGUUGGCCCACUGUUUCAUCACUCUCUGCAGGGUCCUAGUGACCAGUGCAUAGCACGAGCAUGCCUAAUGAUGCACUUUCACUGUGCUUUCAGGUGACUUUUUCCUGGUGCCCCUAAAAGUUGGACACUUGGGAACAAAGUCAGGAUUGAGAAACAGGAUCCUAAAUAAGAGACGCUCGCACUAUAAGCAGGACUGCUUGGGAAGCCUGAAAUGGCAAACAAUCUCCAAAGAUAUUAAGGACUCUUUAUUGUAUUUUGUUAAAAAAGUGUAUUGGCUUAAAUAUAGGUCUAUAUUGCAUACUGUUUUGGCUGGCUUUACGAAUAUGAUAGCACUGAACACCUUGAAUUGCAUUAGAGUUAAGUCACUUCUAAAAUCCAUAUUAAAACACAGUGGCAUUUACUACAGUAGAAAAUAGAAUUGUUGUAUCUUUAAGAGACUGACAGGAAAAUGUACUUGUAAUUUUGUUGUUACUGUUAUAAAUAACUUUAUUUCAGAAAAACACAGCCUCAGAAGGGAUAUAAUAGCAUAUAUUCAGGGCUAAUACAAACCAUUGUCUGAAAUAGGUGCAUAAACAGGUCAAUAUAUAUGGGACAAAAGGUCACGCAUUUAGACUGGAAGAAAGGAGAUGUAGUCUAAGGAAAAGGAAAGUUUUUUACCGUAAGAAUAAUAAGGUCGGGUAAUUUACUGCCUGAAGAAGUGGUUUUAUCAGAGUCUGUACAGAUGUUUAAACAUCAGCUGGAUAAAUACUUCCAAAAUAUAAUAUGCAGGGAUAUAUUUUUUAAUUAUAGCUUCUUGAUCCAAUGAGAAAUCUGAUUGCCAUUCUGGAGUCAAGAAGGAUUUUUUUCCUAGUUUGUUGCAAAAAUGUUUCAGACUGGUGUUUUGCCUUCUUUUGGAUCAACAGCAAAAACAGAUGUGAGAAAGGCUGGACUUGAUGGACGCACGUCUAUUUUCAGCUAUGUAACUAUGUUGUCCCCCCUACCUCCCAAAGAAAAUAAUAACCUUAAUGACUUUCAAGGUUAUCAUUUUAUUACCACAAUUAUCAAUUCCAAUAUGUAUUCAUUUGAAUAACUACAUUAUAUGCAAACUUUAAAUUUUUUCAGUUAAUUCUGAUCUAAAUGAAGAAGUUGCUGAAUUUGAGACAUUGCAUCGGGGACGAGAACUGCCAGGAUUUGUAAAUUAUAAAACAUUUGAGGCUAUUGUGAAAGAUAAAAUCGAUAAAAUGGAAGAACCUGCCAGAGAAACUCUACAGAAUGUUACUGGUGAGUCUUAUCGACUGAUCUGUUUUUACUAGUGAGUUCAUUGUAGAGACCAAAAAAAAAAAUCAAGCUAAGUUAGAUACAUGCAUUGAACUGUUAGAGCUCCCAUGAGGUAAAUGGAGCUGAGAUAGACACACUCAUCCGGUAGGGUAAUACAAAACUCCAAGUCUUAAAUACAUAACAAACUGUUUAAACCAUAUGGGUUUCAACUUAAUACUAAUUAACCACAGUCACCACAGUCAGUUCCAAGCAGACCAGAUUGAAGCCUGCGCAGAUCACAGAUAUGCUGCUAAGAGAUGAGCAUAUACUAUUUUAACUGGGGAAUUAAUGGGCUUCGUGAUUAUAAAGUCCAUAUUAUUCGUGAUUAUAAACUACUAUAUUAUAAGCCUGACAGGAGUUAGCACCUAGUGUCUAAAAUGGAAUUCCACUGACCACUUGUGUGCUGGUGUAGAGUAAGGGGAAAGGGAUAUGCUCCAUUUAUAGUGCAUGGACACCCUUCAUAUUUUAUAUAUUUAACGUUGCAAAAACAAAUAUGUUAAAUGCAAAGUAACUGCUUCACACCAAUCCAUACAGUGAAAAACAAUGUAUAUAAAUAUACACAAAACUAGAAAUGAAUGAUAAAACAUAUAGGUAAAACUGUGUUAACAGGUUAUUCCAACCACUAUUACUACUUCUGCAUUUUCAAGUGGUCAUAGUGGUGGGAGUCUGGAUGCACACAUCCAGAGAUAUACUGGAUUGCGUGCUGGGGCAAGUUGCACUCCCAGCACACGUGAAUUAGGCAGCCAAGGACCCUGUUCUGUGCAUUUAAAGGACCACUAUAGGCACCCAGACCACUUCAGCUCAAUUAAGUGGUCUGGGUGCCAAGUCCCCCUAGUUUUAACCCUGCAGCUGAAAACAUGUUUGCACUGUAGGAUUAAUCAAGCCUCUAGUGGCUGCCUCCCUAACAGCCACUAGAUGCCGCUUCUGUGAUUUACACAGAGUAAAUCGCACUUAUUUGACGCUGGACGUCCUCACGGAGUCCAGUGUCAAAAAAGAUCCCCAUAGGAAAGCAUUGAGUAAUGCUUUCCUAUGGGCGGGUUUGAAUGCGCUCGCGCCUCUGGCCGCGAAUGCGCAUUCGGCUCCACUCGGGAAGCUGACGUAGGUGGAUAAGGAGAGGUCACCUCAAGUGUAAUGAACCCUAUUUUCGCCAUGGAACGAGGCUCGAAAGCAUUAAGAAUACAUAUUUGUGUUCCUAACGCUUUAGUGUUCCUUUAAUGUCAAUUCUGUACAUAAAUUAUGUCUGCUGUCAGCGAGCACUGCACACUGGCAACAGAUGUAGCUGCUUCUUGGGGAAGCUCAUGUCUGCCGCCCUCGCUCCCACACUGAAUUUAACACUCUCCACCUCCCUAUCCACGCCACAGUUAUUUUGUUUUAAUUCUGCCCUCCCAGCUCCUUCAUUCACUUCCUCCCUGCCCUUCCCCUUGCCGGCACAGAGUGCGAGCAUUUUCCCUUGGCCGGUGAAAUGGUCCAAUCAAAGGCUUCUCUGUGAAGUCAGAUGAUGGUGCCAUGAGCAGUGCUGGGGAGCUUAUUCCAGCGCUGGAUUAAGGUGAGUAAAAUUUCAUUCUAAAAUGCUCCUUGAGCGUCUUUUCUAGCUGUUCACAGGUGGGUGGAAUACCAGGUCCCACCGUUAUUUUAAAUCCUGUACACCCAUGAGAUGGGGCCUUUCUAGAGACAAAACAGCAAUGGCUUCCCAGUUACAAUGUUUUUGUGUUUAGUAGAUAUGACCCCACUUGCCGCAUGACAGGUGGGGGUGCAUAAGGGAGUUCUCCAACCUCCAUUAACGUAAUAUGAGUGUCCAAUUGUGCCCCAUAGUCGCAUUAUUUUAAAAUGUUUGUACUUUUUUAUAAUGUCAGCUUGCUAGCAAGCUUUGACCAGCCACCACAUGGUCAUGCCACUGAGGUAUGUUUAACUAUUUGCCCACUGGCUGCUUGUGCUGUCAGUAAGCAAAUAGAAAUUCAAAUCAAUGUUCACUUGUGAAAAGCAAGUGAAUGAUAAUUUGCCAAUCUGCAUUUUGAUGGAUUCAUUCAGUAACAAUUUUUUGUUGUAAAUCGGUGCUUUGGAGAUAUUCAUAAUCCUAUAUUGUCUUCAGAUUUAGUAACUUCGGACAAAAUGGUGUUUAGUCAAUAACCGUGAAACUGUAUAUUUUUUUCUAUAAUUUAACAAUAUACACCACUAAGUCACUGUUGCCAAUCAAAAGAGAGAGGUCAGAAGACAGAGGUAAUUUAAAUACACAUUCAGAUUUUUUUUUUUUUUUUUUAUUAAAGUUAGAAUUGUCAGGAAUUCAAAUUGAAUUUAAAGAGAAUUUCAAAUUUAAAACCAAAAUAGCGAACUUGGAAAAAAUCUGCAAGACGUAUGUUUCAGAUUUGGUUAUUUUGGUCUAAAAUUUCAAAUUCACUACGAAUAUCCGACAAUUCUCAUGUUAGUGAACAAUCCUGAUUGCAUUUUACAACAUUUCUGGCAUACCCAGGCUGGGCUGUUCAUUUAUUUAAAUGCGUUUUGAUGCAACUUUAUUUUGUAUUACAAAUGUUUUUCUCAUUUAGAUGUGGUGGGAAAAAUGUUUACAGAACUUGGUGUGCAACACUUUGAGAAUUUCCAGAAUCUUUACAGAGUCUGUAAGGUGGGUCUGUGUUUAUCUAUUUUAUUUUGUUUUCCUGGAUUGUACACCAUCACCCACCCCCCUCCCUGAGCUCCCUCCCACUUCACCCCCCACACCAUCACCCUUUCCACCUCCCUCUUACAAUCACCCACCCUCCCUCUCAUCACCCCCCCUCCCUGAGCUCCCUCUCACUUCACCCCCCACACCAUCACCCAUUCCCCCUCCCUCUUACAAUCACCUACCCUCCCUCUCAUCACCCCCCUCCCUGAGCUCCCUCUCACUUCACCCCCCACACCAUAACCAGCCCCCUCCCUCUCCUCAUCACCCCUCUCCCUCUCACAAUCACCCCUCUCUCACAAUCACCACCUCUCCCUCUCCCUCACCCCCCUCUCCCUCUUCCCUCUCCCUCUCACAAUCACCCCCCUCCCUCUCACAUCCCCCCCUCACCCUCACCCUCACCCCCUCUCACAAUCACCCCCUCACAAUCACCCCUCUCCCUCCUCACAAUCACCCCCUCCCUCUAACAAUCAUCCCUCCCUCUCACCCCCCUCCCUGAGCUCCCUCUCACUUCAUCCCCCCACACCAUUACCCACCCAUCCCCCUCUCACCAUUAUCCACUAUACAAGCACACACAUUCACUAUACAAACACACACAGACACACACUUAUACAUGUGUGUCUGUGUAUCUGUAUGUGUGUUGGUAUAUGUGUAUGUGUCAGUAUGUGUCUGUUUGUGUGUCUGUGUAUCUGUUUGUGUGUCUGUGUUUGUAUCAAUGUGUCUGUAUGUGUGUGUCUCGAUCUGUAUGUGUGUCUGUGCCUGUGUGUCUCUCUCUCUGUGUCUGGAUGUGUGUGUGUUUUUAUCUAUAUGUGUGUUUGUAUCUGUGUGUCUAUCUGUAUGUGCCAGUGUUUGUCUGUGUAUGACUGUUUCUAUGUAACUGUAUGUGUGUACCUAUGUGUCUGUGUAUGUGUGCCAGUGUGUGUAUAUGUAAGUAUAUGCAUGUAUGUAUAUGUGCAUACAUCUCAGCAUUUCGCCUACACUACACACAAAUACAACCCUGCAUCCAAAUGUCAACACUACAAAAAAAACACCACCAUAUUCAAUAAACUACACUACAGAAAAAUCGACUUCUGCAUUCAAAUGCCAAUACGUGCAAACACACCCGUACAUUCACUCACACAUACUUCAUACAAAAAAAUGCUUACUUUCAAACACACAAACAGUGCUGGGGGGGGGGGGUGCCAAAUAUAGGAUCCGCCCUGGGUGCCAAAUGCUCCAGGCACGCCCCUUGUCUCACGAGUACCCCCACGUACAGGUUUCAUGAGUUUAUGGAUACUUACAGGGGUCAAAUAUAGGGCUUUCCCCUUUUCCAUUGAAAUUUGCCACAUUGGUUUGCUGGGCCUAUGUUGCCUUUGAGACCAUAUGGUAGCCCAGGAAUGAAAAUCAAACCAUCUUGACAUACCAUUUGUAAAAGUAGGCAACCCAGGGUAUUCAAAUCAUUCUAAGUGUAUUUUGAUAACAAUAUAUAAUAAUAUUAAAAUACUUUUAGAAUGGAAUUGCAUAUAUAUAAUUAAAAAUAAAUAAAAAAAUAAUUAUUAUUUCAUGUAUUUAGUUAUUUAUUUCAUGUAUUUAUUAUUUUAUUGUUAUUAAAAUAUAUAUAAUAUAAACAAUUAACAGGUAUAUAUAUAUAUCUAUAUUUGUUUUACCCCUGAUUGCUUUAUUAACAUUGUUUUAUUCCUUUUUGACCAGCACAAGGACUGCCUGUCAGUUUAGGCAGUCCCCCUGCAGACAGCUAUGCCUGCCAUGUGAUCGCUCUUUGAGAGAGAUCACAUGUCCCACGUGGAGGGCCCUCUUUAUUAUUGAUUGGACCCUGGGCAAGCAUAUGCUUGGGCCCCCUGGACCUUGCCUGCAUGUAUGUGCAUGUGCACUUGUAUAUAUGUACUGUUACCAUUGAAAAGCAAUGGUGUACUUGUGUGUAAUGUUUGCAUUUGAAUGCACGGGUGUGUGUUUAUAAUUAGUGUUGGCUUUUAAAUGCAGGCAGUGGUGUCUCCAGGAUUCAUAUUUAGGAGGGGGCACAGGAGGGGCCAGGGACAAAAGUAGAGGGGCAGUUGUAAAACCUAUGGAUAUAUGUGUGUGUGUGUAUAUGUGUGUGUGUGUGUAUAUAUGUGUGUGUAAAACAAAGAUAAAAUUCAUAUUUUGUAAUAUCUUUUUUAUUGGACUUAUACAGUUACACUCUAUAUAUAUAUAUAUAUACAUACACACACACACACACACACACACACACAGGGCUCGACAAAUUCCAAGCGCCAGGUUGCCAAAUUUCACCCUGGCACCUGGGAUUUGUCAGCCAUUUGCUAAGAUGCGCAUAAAACAUUAAAGCUGGCCGCCGCGGGGAGUGAACAAGCUCACUAAUACACACACACACACUUACUACAGACAAGCUCACUGACACACAGAAGCUUACUACAGACAAGCUCACUAACACACAUGUUCAGUACAGACAAGUUCACUGACACACACACAAGCUCACUCAGUAGCAGGCACAUAAACGAUCCCUCUGUCAUGCUAAGUAUUGGAAACCUACCUGGCACUGGAGUCUGUGGCUGUGAGAGAACUGGGAGGCCAUUUUCAGGCCUUUUUCUGCAGCAAGGUCCUCUGCAAGAAAGUGAGGGCGGAGUUCCAUGUGGGAAAAAAGCUUACAUGCUGGGGAAGCUGCUGCACAGUGGCGGAACUAAGAUAGAGAGGGCCCUGGUGCAAAAAUUGUUUUUGGCCCCUGAAGAUACAUGCCCAUGGGGUGACCCUAAGUGCACGGGCCACUCGAUAGGUCCCGAUGUAACCGCAGCACCAGCAUUGCCUGUAGUUCCACCGCUGCCCCUUCCUUAUUACAGACAGGACACCUUUUUACGUAAACUGAAAAACCUUUCAGGAGAUGCAAGAUAAUUUUCUAUGGUGUUUAGAAGGAGCUGUAGUGAAGUGUGUGUAUACAGGAGUCUGUUUAUGGUGUACUAUGUGUAACUAGGGGCUGUAGAGUGACCCAUACACAUACACAGACUGACCCAUACAAACCCACACAGACUGACCUAUACACACACAGGCUGACCAAUACACACACUAUACACACACACAGACUGAGCCCCCCCCUCACAGACUGAACCAUACAUACACUGACUGACCAACACACACACACACACACACACACACACACGCACAGACUGAGCCUCCCCCACACAGACUGACCCCAUACAUACACAGACCGACCCCCCCACACAGACUGACCCAUACACACACAGACUGACCCCAUACAUACACACAGACUGACCCCAUACAUACACACAGACUGACACACACACUCACUGACCCUAUACAUACACAGACUGACCUAUACACACAGACUUACCCUCCCACCCACCCUCCCACACACAGACUGACCCCUCCAUACACACACACAGACUUACCCUCCCACCCACCCUUCCACACACAGACUGACCCCUCCAUACACACACACAGACUGACCCCCACACACACACAAACUCACCCUCCCACACACAGACUGACCCCACCCACACACACACAGACUGACCCUCCAUACACACACACAGACUUACCCUCCCACCCACCCUCCCACACACAGACUGACCCCACACACAGACACACACACACACAGACUGACACCCACACACACACACAACACUCACACACAGACUGACCCCCCCCACACACAGACUAACCCCCAAAACACACACAGACUGACCCCCUCACAUAUACUAACCCCCACACACACACAGCAGACUGACCCCCACACACACAAGCAGACUGAACCCCCCACACACACACACAGACUGACCCUUCCCCCACACACACAGACUGACCCUUCCCCCACACACACACUGAAACACUCACACUUACCAGCAGCUGCCUGAUUGUUCUGUGCAGAGUUGAGCUCCCUCUUCCUGUCUCUCCCCUGCGCUGCUCUUUGUGACCCAGCAGGAAGUCCUCCCAGCACAGUGCCCUCUCUGGCCUUCUGUGCACUGCCCCAGGUCCCGAGGGCUCAUCAGGCAAGUUGGAACUGACAAGCUGCUGCUGCUGCAGCUUGUGAAGGGAGACACAGUGCUCCCAGGUUCAAUUUCAAUUGGAGGGGCACAAGGGGGAGCACUGCAUGAUGCAUGGCCCCCUCUGCCCUCCCCCCCCCCACCCCCCAGUGACACCACUUAAUGCAGGUGUGGUUUUGUUCAUAGAGUUUUGUAUGUCACUUUAGUGUUUUAAUACAGGGAUGUGUUUGUAUGUAAUGUUUUCAUUUACAUACAUGGAUGUGUUUAGAUAUAGUCUUGUCUUUUAAAUGCAGAUGUACCUUUGUGUGUUGGAUGUGUUUGUAUAUAAUUUUGAAGUUUGAAUUCGGGGGUGUGUUUGCAUGUAAUGUUUCUGUUUACAGGGGUGUGUUUGCAUGUUGUAUUUGAUUGCUGGGAUGUAUGCACAUACAUACUUACACAGAUAUACAUACACAUACACACUUUGACACACAGAUACACAAGUACACAUACACAGGUAUACAUACACAGAGCUACACAUACACAAUGACAUACAGAUACACAUAGGUAUACAUACACACUGACAGAUACCGGUAAGUACACAAACACAGGUAUACAUACACACUGACACACAAAUACAGAUACACACAGGUGCGCAUACACACAGACACAGAUACACAUACACACUGACACACAUAAACACUUACACACUAAAAAACAUGUGCUGAUUCAAUGGUUUAACCUCUCUAUUUUAACAAAAGACACUGCUUGCUAAAGUUGUUUCUUACUUCCACCCAUAUUGCUCAGAAGUCUUACACAGAACUUGCCUACAUUAUGAGCAAAUAUAUUUAUUUACAUGGCAUUGAAAAAAAAUAGCAGAAAUGCCUCAUGAAAAUUGAGAUUUUGAUGGUGAAACCUAUUUAAAUGGCAGAAAUCAAUAAUUUACUUUACUCCCAAUCAUAUCUAUAUCGACUACAAAGAAUAUUUGACAUGAAAACACUUUAAUAUGUGAGUGUCUAAGAGCAAAAGGGUUUCCAGAACAAAUAUGUGCAAACAACCAUGUCUCAAAUAAGUGUGUAUCGAUCAGAAAAUGUAAAAUGAUUAAAAGGUGUCAAGUGGAACAUUCUCAAAAUAUAACGAUAACCUGUGCCAUGCUUGGACAGACUGCAUUGGCAGAUUCCGAUGUCCACUGAUAAAGUUAGAUAGACAUUUCAAAAGAUAGUUUUCUAAAAUCAAUGAAAAUACAAGCUUGAUAAUGAAUACAUAAUUGAAGCAGCUUCCUUGUGACCCAUUUUUACCAAAAUUAUACACCGAGAACUUUACAAAGCUAAAACUGAUGGCAAUAUUUGCAUUUGGGACCAGCUUGUGUCAGAGGUCAAUACAGAAAGUUGAAUAAUAUGGUGUAAAUAACACAAAACAAUGUUUCCCAUGGUUUGACAUGGCACACUAAAAACAGGUACACAUACACAGACACACAAGUACACAGUCACAGAUAUACUGUCAGGCAGUCCCCCAGAAGCGGAUCGCUGUGGAGGUGAGUACACGUCAGGCGCUGGGGCUCAAAGCCAUCAGGGUGUUCUAUGCCGCCAUAACGGAUUUAAAGCUAUUAUAAUGGGGAUGGCAUAGAACGCCCUAAUGGUGUUAACGGGUUAAAAUGACUGGAUUUGAUAUAAAGCAGAGAGGGAUAAAAAUACCCAUUUCAUCUCAUUAAAUUAGUUAUAGUUCCUGAAGACCUCUGGUCCAGUCCCUUCAUUCAGUGUUACACUAUUUUUGAGCAGUUUAACUUUGAAUGAAGGUUCCUGGCCAUCCACAGCCAAGCCCCCCACUGAAGGAGAUUGCAAACUUCCUUCUAGCAUACCAGCAAUGGGCACUGUAAUAGGCUGAAAGUGAUCAGCUAACACUCUCUGCCAAUCAUACCCACAUAUUGCUGCUCAGGGCUGCAUGCGUUUAGCAUUACAAAAUUAGAAAUGGCUGCAUGCUGAAUGGAAGGAUGGCACCAGGGAACUCUAGAAGGAUACAAUUCUUAUAUCUUAUUUUACCAAUGAAUGGCCAUGUACACCAGCUAUCCCCAGCAAAGGAAACAGACCAUGGUUUUUAUGAAUGUAUUACCAGAACAUAAAAAGUGAUUCUUUAAGCACCACAACCCCUACAAUUGUGUGAAAUUUUCUCUGUCCCAUUUGACCUGGUACCCUCUAUAUUAAUGCGUGCUGUACCCAUUUUACCUCUUUUAGACCAGUAUUGAAAAUCUAAGACAAUCACAAGAAGCAAUCGCAGAUACUUUGAUUAAAACUCAGUUCAUGAUGGAGGCUAUGGUUUAUGCCCAAGAUAAAUGCUACAGAAAAGAGCUGCUUGCUAUUCAAGACAAUGAGGAUGGUGUCCAGACGAGGCAAUAUGCCAUACCUCAGCCUAUUGAUCUGUUGCAGUGCUCAGUGAAGGAAAUGACCCUUCAUCUAAAAGCGUAUUUCAAAGUAAGUAGACAAUGUGAUGGAAUAAGAUAAAGAAAAAGAGGGUAAGGUCUCUUGAUAGGGAACAAUCCAACUUGUAAGGGCCUAACCCUAAUUAUAAACACAAAAAUAUUUCAAAGAGAAGGAACCAAAAAGCAUUGAGUAAACUUUAGGAAUAAGCAUAUAAUUUAAAAUUAAGAAAUCGCAAGAUAAAACCUAACUUAAUUCUGUGAACAACACAUACAAAGGGAAUCUAAGAGACAAUACCCUCACAUGUAAGCCAAUGCUAAUUUAUAUGGGAGAAUCCUUUAUUAAAUGCUAGGAUAAAUGUUGAGUGGUAUGUCUACUAAAUGUCUCAAAAAAGGGGGUAGGUUUACCACCACGGAGGAGGAUAAUAUAGAGAAGUAAAAAUCUAUCUCAGUGUUACUUUUAAAAAUGAGUCAUAGUAUUAUAACUGUAUAAAAAAAUAUGUAUAUCUACUCUCUCAAAGUGGUAAGAAAGUUGCAGUAAAUAAAGUAUCAGAAUCGGAUAAUUUACACAGGGAAGUACCAAGAGUAGGACACUAUUAGUCCAAUUACGAUUGUGCACACAAGUUUAAUUAUUGCUGCAACCUACAUAUAAGGAUAAUCAAAUUCUGCCACUUAUCAAGUUUAACAAACUGCAACAUCUUGCAUAUAAGGAUGAUUAAUUCCCCUGUGCCACUCAUUAACUAUACUUAUAAUUGAUUCUAAAUACUAAUUCGUAUAAGUGAGGACAUGAUUCAUUAUUUUUUCUUUUUAAUGCAAACAAGAGAAAUUGCAUACAUUUUUUCUUUUUUCCUUCAUGCUAAAACUGGAAGUAAGAGAUAAAUUGUCUUCAACUUGAUUCCUUAAGAGAUAAAUAAAACCUCUCAAGGUAUAGUACUACCUAUUAAUGCUGCAGUUGUGUUCCUCCAUUUUCUGUCUAACACUAUUGAAUCAUAUAACAGAUAUGUAGUGAAUGAAAUAUCUAGUGUAUAUAUAGCCAUGCUCCCGUGGGAUAGCAUAAAUGUUUAAAUAGACUCAUAUCAUAUAGAUAUAAAAUCACCACACACUCAAACUGCCCAAAGGAGAGAGGUUAGCUAUUUAGAUUGAUAUAUCUGGUUAGGGACACAUUUCCAAAUUGGAUCGAGUACCCUCCCAAAUGAGACAGGAUAAUUCUCGUCUAACCUAAUAGAGGACUAGAUGGGUUCAUAGGGGGUAACUAAAAUACUUAAAAUACAAUAUUUAAAAACAAAAGUGUACAAAGUGAUUAACAGGAUUCCUUUAGGUAACAUAUUAACAAGCUCUAUUUUUUCUCGAUAGAAGACUGUUGGAAAAUUAUUUGUUGUAGUGAACUAUUUACAUUUAUUUUAUUUAUACAAGGUAUAUAAUACUCAAACCACAUCGAGUAACUUAUUCUAGGCAACUCAUGUUGUUCAUUAGUUAAAUUCCUAAGCAUCCGGUAGUAUCUGCACUAGUGUGGGGGUUCACUAUUGUCGUAAUGAAGUGUAUGUGAACCCUUCUUUAGGCCUAGUGGUGCUAGGGUCUUCAAUUUGUAGAUCCCUCUGUUUCAGGAGGCGACCUCUUUGAUCCAAUCUCACAUGUUCUAUCCCAGCGAAGCGUAAAUCCUGUGAGCGGCCUAAAUGGUGUUCCCAUAAAUGUCUGGCGAUUGGUGUUUCAUUUCUGUAUUUAACUGAACGAAUGUGUUCUUAAAUACAUAGUUUGACAUGCCUAAAGGUCUUCCCAACGCAUUUUUUUACCACAGGAGCAGGUCAAAAGAUAAACUACUCCUGUGGUAUUACAGUUGAAGAAAUCCUUAACUUGGAUCUUAUUGUAACCUGAACUAUCAUCAAUGGCUUUAGAGUCCCGUAGGACAAAUUCACACGCCACACACUUGCCACAUUGGUAGGUGCCUCUUAGCGUGUUCUUAAGCCAUGUCUCAGAAGAUUUUUUAGGAGAGGGGUGACUUGGUACCUGAAAAUCCUUAAGGUUCUUUCCUCUUCUAGCAGUUAGUGAUGCAUUGGGAGUUAAUACAUUUUUUAGGUGUGCGUCUUGUUUAAGUAUAGGCCAAAAUUGGUUAAGUAUCAUUUUGGCCAGUCCCCACCCAAGAUCAAAAUCCGCAAUGCAUCGUAUCUGCUGAUCCUCUGUUUUUUGUUUGGUAUUUUGUAGCAUCACAUCUCUAUCCAUAUCCAGAGCCCUUUUAUAUGCUAUUUCAGGCACCGAUUUAGAUAUCCACGCUUUUUAAAUUGUGUGCGUAGUUCUCUGGCUUUUAGCUUAAAAUCUUCCAAUGUUGAGCUGUUUCUUCUUACUCUUAAAUAUUGCCCUUUCGAGAUGUCCUUUUUGAGCGGUUUGGGAUGGUAACUUUCCCAUUCCAAUACACUAUCCGUGGCUGUAGGUUUCUUAAAUAGUGUUGUCUGGAGAUAGUUAGUUUGAGCGACUGUUAGUGUGAGGUCCAAAAAGUUGAAGGAUGACAACUUCUUUGGUGAGCUUUAAAUUUAUCUUGUUGUGAUUAAGAUUAUUGACAAACUCUUCAAAGGUUUCCAAGGAGCCCGUCCAAAUCACCAGCACGUAUGUACCUGGUGACAUGGGCGAGCUCCUCAGCAAAGACCACCGUUUUUUCCACCAUCCUAGGUGCAGGUUGGCAUACGAUGGGGCACAAGACGUCCCCAUCGCAGUCCCCUGCACCUGUAGGUAGAAUUAAUUAUUGAAGAGGAAAAAAUUAUGAGUAAGGAUAAACUUGUGAUUUUCACCUUUCUGUUCGAAAAAAUUCUUUGUGUGUUGCAAACCGGUAGAGUGAGGUAUGGAGGAGUAAAGACACUCCACAUCCAAACUGCACAGAUGUGCCCCUGCUGGUUUUUGUAUUUUUGUCAGAUAAUUAGGGGUUUCUUUGUUGUCCUUCAAGAAGGAUGGCAGCGUAACAAAAUCUCUUAGAAUUCAUCUACAUACAAGCUACCACUUUGAGUCAAGUUGCCUACCCCUCACACAAUCGGUCAAUUUUCUUUUAUCUACAACAAGUUCCUUAAAAUUUCAACCUUUUAUUGCCUACCCAAAAUACACAAACAAUAUUUACAUCUUACGGGUAGAACAUUUAUGUUGCUCUACCCUACGGGAGCACAGUCAUAGAAAGAAAAUUUAGAUAUUCCAUUUACCACAUCUUUCAGGUUGAGAGAUGUAUUCAAUUAGUAAGAAUUUGUUGUUUAUUUAUAAACAUUGACAUUGCCCCUUUACACAGAAGCAAUGUUAAACAUUAAAACUUUCACACUUCACUUGCCGUCUCUCAAUGAUUUGAGAGAUCAAUCAGAUUUGUUGCUGUACGUAGCACAAAGGAAUAAACAAUGGAUUACUGAAUACAUUGAUAUAGAAAAAAAAUGAGAGUAUCUAUAUAUAAAUAUCCACUUAUAUACUCUUAACUGCUUUCUCCCCAUAUAACUGUAAUAAGAGGAGGGCGCCAUCCCGUUUUCCAAGCCCCUAAUAUAAAACAAUUGGCUGAAUGGAACCAAGGGGUGUGUAUUAGCUAUUUGGCGCCGAUAUUUAUAACGGUUCUGUGGGAAGCAUCUUUACACUAGCCCCGGACGUAAGCGCAUUGUAGUUGCGCCGAAAUGCACGUCGGGUGUCUUGUACACUUUAUUAUUUUUGGGCUUACUAAUGUAGCACUUGGGUUAUCUGAUUUAGUUUGUCUCAGACUUAGGAGGUAUCCAACUGUAUGGCAGCCAUUGCCUUAAGGCUCUUGGAGUGAGGGAUCUCAGGUAUCUACUAUUAUUAAAUAUGAGUUAUCAGUAUCUAAUCAUCAUAGAAAUCUAACAGCCAGUAGGAAUAGUUAUCCUGAGUUUAGCAGCGAGAUUUCUUUUAUCUUAGGUGCCUAGUAACUCACUGAUAGAUACGUGCCGUGUGCCCGAUCAUAAUAGGACUCCUAGUUUCCUACGCUUGAUACUUCCCUGUGUAAAUUAUCCCAUUCUGACACUUUAUUAACUGCAACUUUCUUACCACUUUGAGAGAGUAGAUAUACAUAUUUUUUUAUACAAUUAUAAUACUAUGACUCAUUUUUAAAAGUAACACUGAGAUAGAUUUUUACUUCUCUAUAUUAUCCUCCUGAGUGGUGGUAAACCUACCCCCUUUUAGAGACAUUUAGUAGACAUACCACUCAACAUUUAUGCUAGCAUUUAAUAAAGGAUUCUCCCAUAUAAAUUAGCAUUGGCUUACAUGUGAGGGUAUUGUCUCUUAGAUUCCCUUUGUAUCUGUUGUUCACUGAAUUAAAUUAGGUGUUAUUUGGGGAUUUCUUAAUUUUAAAUUAUAUGCUCUUAUUCCUAAGGGUUAUCCAAUGCUUUUUGAUUCCUUCUCUGUGGAACAUUUUUGAAUAUGAUGUAAUAAGUGAAUCAACGGGCAUAGCUGAUCUAGGCAGGUGCCAUGGAAUUUCAAAUCGUUAGGUUUAGCCCUGGUUUAUAUUGUCUGUAUUGUUUAUUUAAUCAGAAUAACCUGGGAAUACAUUUCCAAGAGGAGGAAUAAGCAAUGUUGUCUACACCAGUGCUUAUUGACUAUUUUCCAACCAAGUACCACGUACCACUGUACUUGGUCUGACACUGAUAAGGCAGAUGGUUGGGAUAUACUAACUGUAUCAAUAUCUUCUCCAUCAAUAUAUUUUUCAAUAUUGUUACAGUAUCCUGCUGGUAUUCUGUUUUUGGAUUCAUCAGACAUCCAAAAACCCAAGGGUGUCAAUCUUAUUGGGGCUUACACUAAAGUAACCAGACAUCCACAUUUUAAGUUUUCUCCAACCUGAAUGUGCUCCAUAGUUGAAGUAAGCCAAGUGCCACAGCAGAUAGUGGGUCUUACACAUGUGAGACAACGUAGUAAAUGAUAUCUGCUGUAAAUCAGACUGCAUAGAUUAAUCUGGAGGUGGAGUGGGUUCUGGUUAUGACAUGAUUCGGACAGUCUAGCCACUUCUGUAUACCUCCCAUACUGAUCAAACAUGCAGUAGAGGAACAUAUCUCAUGUACCUUUUCAAUGAAACCUGACCCUGGAGGAAAGAGAUAGAUGUAUUGGUAAUGUUGCAUUAUUGAGAAAUGCUACCACCAUUAAAUAUUCCACUGUACAUUAUUUGUUUUACAGAGUGCUGCAGAUCGCCUCUCCAAUCAAAUCCCCUUGAUUAUUCAGUUUCACAUACUGCAAGAAUAUGGAAAAAAAAUGCAAAAGGAUAUGUUGAAAAUUCUACAAGACAGGGAAGAACACAGCACCCUUCUCAAAGAGAACCGAGACCUCACCAGCACCAGGAAUUUUCUAAAACAAAGGAUCAGUCGUCUGUCAGAAGCACACAAGCGCUUGAUUGGCUUUCCAGGUUAAACAUCAGUCCAUACAGUCAGUAUGGGAGGUUAGAGAACCAAAGCCACACAUGGUGAAAUGUCUAGGACAUAAAUGCACUAGAUUUAGGUCAUUUCUUAUAUACAAUCACAAUUAUUUAUAGUGUCAACAUUUUCAGCAGCUCUGCUCAAUAGGUAAUAUAAGACAAAGAAUUCUAUAAGUAGCGAGGACCCUGCCAAAACAAGUAUACCAUCAUAUAUAAAUGUGAUUGAUGUGAUAUAUCUGCAUUUUCACUUUCUGUGUCUACAGUGUCCUACAGAGCAACAUUUGCUUUAUUCAGAAAAUUAGUAAAAAAUAACUUUUAGUUAUCAUAAAAUUCUCUACCUCUGUGACCUUCCAACUCUUCUUCUUUCAAGGCCAGUCAUUUCUCAAACUCUUUUAAUCGGUGCGUGACACAGUGGAGGAUUUUUGAGUAUGGUGUUACAUUUCUUCUUUUACAUCUGUCUAACCUUUAUAUAGUAAAUAAAUGU